AUGAUGUUCCUCUGGCUGAUGGUAUUCACAACUUUGGCCUUACAUCUUUGGCUAAGACAAAAGUACGACUACUUUAGAAGGCAUGGGAUUCCCCAUCUACCCAUUUCCGGUUGGUCACCACUGGGUCACCUCGGACAGCUACUUUUCCUGCGCAUUUCCUUCGGGGAUCUCUUUCAGCAAAUCUACGCGGACCCACGAUGCGAAAAAGCCAAAGUAGUUGGCUUCUUUUUGUUCCAGACCCCGGCGCUGAUGAUCCGGGAUCCGGAGCUGAUUCGUAUGGUGCUGAUAAAGCACUUCAAUAGCUUCUUGAAUCGUUACGAGGCGGCGGAUGCUGGAGACUUGAUGGGAGCGUUGACUCUGCCUCUGGCCAAAUAUCACAACUGGAAGGAAAGCCGGCAGUGCAUGUCGCAGCUCUUUACAAGUGGUCGCCUGAGGGAGGUGAUGUACCCCCUGAUGCUCCGAGUGGCUGAUGACCUGGAGCACUAUCUGGAUCGCAAAAUGGGAGCUCGUUCAGAGAGAGUUCUUUCGCUCGGCAAGAUGUGCCAGCUUUAUACCACGGAUGUCACAGGCAAUCUCUUCUACAGCCAGGAUGUGGGUGGACUACGUCAGGGCCGAUCCCCCCUUCUCAAAAAGACCAAGGAGUUAUUUAAUCCUAACCUGCGAAAGGUAUUGGACUUUAUGACCAUUUUCUUCCUACCAAAGUGGGCCAAUCUUCUGGGAGCCAAGGUCUUCAGCGAGGAUUAUGCCCAGUUCAUGAGAAAGCUGGUGGAUGAACACCGGGAAACGAGGAUGGGAGAUCUGAUCAACCAGCUGCAACACUUCCAGCUGUCGCGAUCUUCCGACCACUAUUCUCAGCAUCCAGAUUUCAUAGCCUCUCAGGCAGGGAUUAUCCUCUUGGCUGGAUUCGAAACAUCCUCAGCGCUGAUGGGCUUUACUCUUUAUGAACUAGCCAAGGCUCCGGAUCUCCAGGAGCGGCUGAGAAGCGAACUAAGCGAAGCUUUUUUGACCAGCUCCACUUCCCACCUCAACUACGAGACCCUGGCGACACUUCCCUACCUUAAAAUGGUUUGUCUAGAGGCACUGCGUCUGUAUCCAGCGGCUGCAUUUAUCAACAGGGAGUGCACAAGUCCGGAUGCAGGUGGCUUCUCCCUGCGCCCGCAUGUAGAUGCUAUAUUGCCACCAGGAAUGCCUGCGUACAUCUCUAUCCUAGGAUUACAUCGAGACGAACAGUUCUGGCCUGAUCCCUGUCGGUUUAACCCUGAACGAUUUUCUCCUGAAAGAGCAAAGGAAAUAAUACCCAUGACCUAUAUUCCCUUUGGAGCUGGGCCACAUGGCUGCAUUGGCAGUCGCUUGGGCCUUCUGCAGCUGAAACUGGGAAUCGCCCACAUAUUAAGACUGUACAGGGUGGAGAUGUGUCACCGGACAGUGAAUGAAAUCCGAUUUAAUCCCAAAACCUUUAUGCUGGAGUCACGCGAUGAAAUAUUCCUCAGGUUCUGCAGGGAUUAGGGUACUAACCAUACAACAUAUGAUG